GAUUUUACUAUCGCGUUGUCAAUAAUGUGAUCGCGCGGGCACGGCGUUAUCGCACCCGACAGCGGCUCUCCACCCAGUCUCCACCCAUCAGCUUCAAAAGAAGUUGUCCUCCUUUCGUCUAUCAAUCGGACACCGCGCACGAUUUCUAACAGGUCCACAGUAAUUCCCAGGCGGGCGUUUCUAGUUUCUGAUCCUUUUUCUUCUUUUUUUCUUCUUACUUCCACCUUUUACUUUAAUUUGUGGUUCUCUUGCGGGCGUGCGCCGGUUCGUGCCUCAGUCGCGCUUCGUGUGAAGAAGAUCAGUUUACAGGAACAGCAGCCAUGGCCACGCUCCGAGGUUCAAACACAGCCUUCGCCUUGGACCUGUUCCGCACUCUGAGCCAAGCCAGUCCCAGCGGGAACGUGUUCGUGUCCCCGCUGAGCAUCAGCUCGGCCCUGGCCAUGGUCUAUCUGGGUGCCAGGGGGGACACUGCAGCACAGAUGGCAAAGGCCCUCUCUUUCAACUUGGAUACUGACAUCCACACAGAUUUCCAGCAACUCACUGCUGAUAUCAACUCCCCAUCUGCCUCCUACAUCCUGAAGUUAGCCAACCGUCUUUAUGGAGAAAAUACUUCCAACUUCCUCCCAGGAUUCCUUGAAGCCACACAGAAGUUCUACCGUGCAGACUUGAGGGCAGUUGACUUCAUUGGGGCUCCAGAGGAGUGCAGAGCAGAAAUCAACACCUGGGUGGAGGAGCAAACGGAAAAUAAGAUAAAGGACCUACUGAAGCCAGGUACAGUCAGCACGAUGACAAGAAUGGCUCUAGUUAAUGCCAUCUACUUCAAAGGAAACUGGCUCAACCGAUUUAAUGAAGCGAACACCAAAGAAAUGCCCUUUAAAAUAAACCAGAAUGAGAGCAAGCCAGUCCAGAUGAUGCACCAGAUGAGGAAGCUGCACUUCAACUACAUCCCAGAGUACAACUUGCAGAUUUUAGAGCUGCCCUACGUGGAGGAGGAGCUCAGCAUGUUCAUCCUGCUGCCCGAGGAGUCCGCUGAUGGCUCCGAUCCACUGCUUAAGCUGGAGAAUGAGUUAACAAAAAAGAAGCUGGAUAAAUGGACCAACAGAGACAACAUGGACAUUGGCUCAGAUGUCAUAGUUCACCUUCCCAAGUUCAAGAUGGAAGAAGAAUAUGAGCUGAAUGAACCCCUGGCUAAGCUGGGCAUGAAGGAUGUGUUCUGUGGGAUGAAGGCGGACUUGUCCGGGAUGAGCGGCCAGGGCGGACUCUUCCUGUCUACAGUGGCCCACAAGGCCUUUGUGGAGGUGAACGAGGAGGGGACAGAGGCCGCUGCAGCCACAGCUGGCGUGGCGGUUUUUUGUAUGCAGAGAGAAGAACACUUCACAGCUGAUCACCCCUUCCUCUUCUUCAUAAGGCACAAUCAGACCAAGUCGAUCCUCUUCCUUGGCAGAUUCUCUUCUCCUUAAGUAGAGACGCCAGUAAAAAACAGAAACAAGUGUUUUCAGGGGCUGCAGGGAUGCUCAGUCCACACAAACACACUUUCCUCCAUUGUUGUCUGCUCUAUGCUUAGAACUGAAUCAGUGCAUCCAAGUUUUUUGUGUAUUAGACAUGCUAGUUAUCCACAGAUGCUUAAUGUGUAAGGAGAUGUGUUUUUAUUUGAGUAAGAUGCACAAAGACAAGUUCCAAACCCCUGUAAAACUGCUAAUAAAGUAAUAAUAUAUAUAUCACAU